CCCGUGGUGGGGGCCGCAGCUCAGUGAGGCAGUGUUCUACACUACUACAGGCUAGUGUGGCUGUAGGCGGAGACGAGAUGUCUGUGUGGAAGACAGUGGAGGAGCUGGACGAAGGCACCAAGGACCUGCUAGUGACGAUAGUGUCCGUGGCGGCGUUGCUAGCAGUGCUCGCAGUCCUCACCGUGUGGAUAUACAACUACGCGACUCUAGGAGUGUGCACCAACCACGUCAGGAUGGACAACAAAACUGUCAUCAUCACCGGCAGCAACUCUGGAAUAGGGAAGGAGACUGCGCUGGAGCUAGCCAGGAGAGGGGCCAAAAUCAUCAUGGCCUGCAGAAACCUGGAGCAAGCAAACAAAGUUAGAGAUAGUAUCGUAGAGGCUACAAAGAACAACAACAUCGUAGUCAAGAAGCUCGACCUGAGCUCUCUUGCGUCAGUUAGGGCCUUUGCUGAGGAAGUGAACCGCACGGAGCGACGGUUAGAUGUGCUUAUCCACAACGCUGGGAUGGCCAAUACAUUCAGCAAGCAGAAGACUGCUGAUGGCCUGGAGGUCACCAUGGCGACCAACCAGUUUGGACCUUUUCUGCUGACGCAUCUUCUGAUUGAUCUACUGAAGAGGUCGGCGCCCAGCCGAGUAGUGGUGGUGGCUUCAUCUCUUUACCGCUUGGCCAGUGUCAACAUUAACAACCCUAACCCUGUCAAUACUCUACCAGCCUACCUCUACUAUAGCAGCAAGUACGCCAACAUACUGUUCACCCGCGAACUUGCACGCAGGCUCGAAGGAACUGGAGUCACAGCCAACUGUCUUCACCCGGGACUAAUAGACUCAGGGAUCUGGAGGAACGUCCCGGUGCCUCUCAGCUGGGGCCUCAAACUCAUCAUCAAGGGAUUUUUUAAGACACCUGAACAAGGAGCUCAGACAUCAAUAUACCUUGCCACAUCUCCUGAAGUGGAGGGGGUAAAUGGAAAAUACUUCUCAGACUGCAAGAUGGCGUCCCUCUCACGGGGCGUUGAAGACAUGGCGCUGGCGAAGAAAUACUGGGAGAUCUGUGAGGAACUAGUGCAACUCAAAUCAUCAGACCCUAGGAUAUAACUGUCUUCACAAUCUGUGUAUCUGAAAGUUACCUGAUCAAGGACAUCUUUCUUGCUUUGGCAAUCAAGGAGAAGAUAAUUCAAAAACACCAAUGCCGUUACAUGUGUACCGUAUCCAAGUCAUACUGCUGAUUUUACUAUUUACUUAUUUUCUAUUCAAGAUAUACGCACUACAUUAAUAGAUAAAUGUUUUUAACUUGCCAUCCUGGAAAGGAAAUUAUAAGCAAUAUAUUUGUACUAGGCAACAGAAUAUCAUAAUUUAUACUGAUUUACUACUCAAAUUAAAGAAAUAUUUAUUUAUAAAAUAUAGUUCUUGCCAUUUUAAGUUAUCAUAAGGGUGUUAUAAUGUAUCAGCAAACUAUUCUGUUAAACAUUAAAAUUAGGAAGACAAAAUGCGAUUAUCAAAAAGAGUAACUUCACUAAACAGUAAAUAUUAUUCACUGGAAGAUAAUAGGAAACAAAUCUUUAUCCAUUGAAACUAUUUCGAAUAUUUCAAUAAAUGGAUCACUUUUAAACGCAGGUUUAUGUAAAAGAUACAUAAAUGUAUCUACAUAGAUACCUUACAUAGAUACCUUUGAUACAUAGAUGUAUCAUUAGCAUGAAUAUUUGAUUUUAAUGUUUCACUUAAAAAGGCAGUGUAGCCCAUGCAUCUUGAGUGUAGCCACAAACACACUAGAUCAUGUGACGUAGAAAUUAAUGUAUGUAACUUAAUAAAUCAAUAUUUUUGAACAUACGUUAUGGUUUUCCUCCUUAACAACUGUACAUAUUGUAAAAUGAGCUAACAAUAAUUUUCAUAAUUAGCGUUAAUUAACUCUAGGUUAUUCAUCACGAAAGUGCUAGUAAAAUAUUAU